AUGUUAACGAAGUUCGAGACGAAAAGUAACAGAGUGAAGGGAUUGAGUUUCCAUAGCAAAAGGCCAUGGAUACUUGCGAGUCUUCACAGUGGCGUGAUCCAGCUAUGGGACUAUCGAAUGGGGACGUUAAUUGACAGAUUCGAUGAGCAUGAUGGACCUGUUAGAGGCGUUCAUUUUCACAAUUCGCAGCCCCUUUUUGUAUCUGGAGGGGAUGAUUACAAGAUUAAAGUCUGGAACUAUAAGAUGCAUAGGUGUUUGUUCACUCUUCUAGGACACCUUGAUUAUAUCCGGACAGUUCAAUUUCAUCAUGAGAACCCAUGGAUUGUGAGUGCCAGUGAUGAUCAAACCAUUCGCAUCUGGAACUGGCAGUCACGGACCUGUAUAUCUGUUUUAACUGGACACAACCAUUAUGUUAUGUGUGCUUCAUUCCAUCCAAAAGAGGAUAUUGUUGUGUCAGCCUCCCUGGAUCAGACUGUUCGUGUUUGGGAUAUUGGUUCUCUCAAAAGGAAGGCCGGACCUCCUUCAGAUGAUAUUUUGCGAUUGAGUCAGAUGAACACAGAUCUUUUCGGUGGUGUCGAUGCAGUUGUUAAGUAUGUGUUGGAAGGUCAUGACCGAGGUGUCAACUGGGCUGCUUUUCAUCCUACACUGCCUCUUAUUGUCUCAGGAGCUGAUGACCGUCAAGUGAAACUUUGGAGGAUGAAUGACACUAAGGCAUGGGAAGUGGAUACUCUGAGAGGGCACAUGAAUAAUGUUUCAUGUGUUAUGUUCCAUGCCAAACAGGACAUCAUUGUGUCGAAUUCUGAGGAUAAAAGUAUUCGAGUAUGGGAUGCAACAAAGAGGACUGGUAUUCAAACUUUCCGCAGGGAACAUGAUCGAUUUUGGAUUCUUUCAACGCAUCCUGAAAUGAAUCUGUUGGCAGCUGGUCAUGACAGUGGCAUGAUAGUCUUCAAGCUGGAGAGAGAAAGGCCCGCCUUCGCUGUUAGCGGUGAUUCUUUAUUCUACACGAAAGACCGCUUUUUGCGGUUUUAUGAAUUUUCAACUCAGAGAGAGACACAAGUACUUACUAUUCGACGACCUGGUUCUUUAAGCUUGAAUCAAAGUCCUAAGACUCUUUCCUACAGUCCUACUGAAAACGCAAUUCUUCUCUGUUCAGACGUGGAUGGUGGAUCUUAUGAGUUGUACUGCAUUUCCAAAGAUAGCACAAUUAAAGACAGUUUUGGUAGGGGUGAUAUGCAAGAACCAAAGAAAGGUCCUGGAGGAUCAGCAGUCUUUGUGGCUCGGAAUAGGUUUGCCGUGCUUGAAAAAAGCAGCAACCAAGUCCUUUUAAAAAACCUUAAGAAUGAGCUUGUCAAAAAGAGUGUGCUUCCGAUUGCCACCGAUGCUAUAUUCUAUGCCGGAACAGGCAACUUGCUCUGUAGGUCUGAGGAUAGGGUUUUUAUCUUUGAUCUUCAGCAGAGGAUCGUUCUUGGCGAUCUUCAGACCCCUUUCAUCAAGUAUGUAGUCUGGUCUAAUGACAUGGAAAGCAUUGCUUUACUCAGCAAACAUGCAAUUGUCAUUGCUAGCAAGAAGCUGGUGCAUCAAUGCACCCUCCAUGAGACAAUCCGUGUAAAAAGCGGAGCCUGGGAUGACAAUGGUAUUUUUAUUUACACAACAUUAAAUCAUAUCAAAUACUGCCUCCCAAAUGGAGACAGUGGGAUAAUCAAAACACUGGACGUCCCAAUUUAUAUCACAAAGGUUGUUGGAAAUGUCAUCUUCUGCUUGGGUCGGGAUGGGAAAAACAAAGCUAUAACCAUUGAUGCUACAGAGUACAUCUUUAAGCUUUCCUUGUUGAAGAAAAAAUAUGACCAUGUUAUGAACAUGAUAAAAAACUCACAGCUUUGUGGGCAAGCUAUGAUUGCUUAUCUACAACAGAAAGGAUUUCCUGAGGUUGCCCUCCAUUUUGUGAAAGAUGAGAGAAUUCGGUUCAAUUUGGCUUUAGAGAGUGGGAACAUUCAAAUUGCAGUUGCAUCAGCUACAGCAAUCGAUGAGAAAGAUCACUGGUACCGAUUGGGAGUUGAAGCUCUUCGACAAGGCAAUGCUGGUAUAGUAGAGUAUGCAUAUCAGAGGACCAAGAAUUUUGAGAGAUUAUCUUUCCUUUAUCUCAUCACUGGUAAUGUGGAGAAACUUUCAAAGAUGUUGAAAAUUGCUGAAGUCAAGAAUGAUGUCAUGGGCCAGUUUCACAAUGCCUUAUAUAUGGGUGAUAUUCGAGAGCGUGUUAAGAUCUUGGAGAAUGUGGGACAUUUACCUCUUGCUUAUAUCACUGCAUCAACCCAUGGGCUACAUGACGUUGCUGAAAGGCUUGCAGCUGAACUGGGGGAUAAUGUUCCAUCUUUGCCCGAGGGGAAAGUACCAUCUCUCUUGAUACCUCCGUCACCUGUGCUGUGUUGUGGCGAUUGGCCCCUUCUUAGGGUCAUGCGAGGCAUAUUUGAUGGUGGGCUUAGAAACGCUGAUCAAGAUGCCGACGAUGAAGAGUAUGAGGCUGCUGAAGGUGAUUGGGUUGAGGAGCUCGACAUGGUUGACAUUGAAGGCUUACAAAAUGGUGAUGUUGCUGGAAUUUUGGAUGACGGAGAGGUGGCUGAAGAGGGCGAUGAAGAGGGUGGGUGGGAGCUGGAUGAUUUAGAGCUCCCCCCUGAAGCUGAGACUCCAAAAGCUUCUGUCAGUGCACGGUCAUCAGUUUUUGUGGCGCCAACACCUGGGAUGGCAGUUAGCCAGAUAUGGGUUCAGAGAUCAUCUCUUGCUGCUGAUCAUGCAGCUGCUGGCAACUUUGAUACUGCAAUGAGAUUACUAAACAGGCAGCUUGGAAUAAAAAACUUUGCCCCCUUGAGAUCUAUGUUCCUAGAUCUUCAUUCUGCUAGUCACUCUUAUCUGCGUGCCUUUUCAUCUGCUCCAGUUGUACCACUUGCUGUUGAAAGGGGUUGGACUGAGGCGUCUAGUCCAAAUGUGAGAGGCCCACCUGCACUUCCUUACAAAUUAUCCCAAUUAGACGAAAAGCUCAAAGCUGGUUAUAAGUCAACAACUGCUGGGAAAUUCACUGAAGCUCUCCGUACAUUUGUCAAUAUUCUUCAUACAAUUCCUUUGAUUGUCGUAGAGUCAAGGAGGGAAGUGGAUGAUGUAAAGGAAUUGAUAAUCAUAGUCAAAGAGUAUGUUUUGGCUCUGCAGAUGGAGCUGAAAAGAAGGGAUAUGAAGGACAAUCCAGUACGCCAGCAGGAGCUCGCAGCAUAUUUCACCCACUGCAAUCUUCAGACACCUCACUUGAGGCUAGCUUUGUUGAAUGCAAUGACUGUCUGCUACAAAGCAAAGAACCUUGCCACUGCUGCUAACUUUGCCAGGAGACUACUUGAAACCAAUCCUAGUAUUGAAAACCAAGCUAAGACAGCAAGGCAAGUGCUAGCAGCUGCAGAAAGGAACAUGACUGAUGCCACAGAGUUGAACUAUGACUUCCGAAACCCAUUUGUAACUUGUGGGGCAACCUAUGUGCCAAUUUAUCGCGGACAGAAGGAUGUCUCUUGCCCAUACUGUACUUCCCGUUUUGUACCAACCCAGGAGGGGCAGCUAUGCACUGUGUGUGAACUUUCAGUAGUUGGGGCAGAUGCUUCUGGACUGCUCUGUUCUCCUGCCCAGAUUCGUUGA